AUGUCUUUCAACACAAACCCAAACAAAAAAUCUUCUGAAGAUAAAAGUUUAAUUAGUGUUCCUGACAAGGAUUGUGAAAGCAUCUGUGCUGACACUACACUUUCUGAUUUACUUCCUCCAAGUGAAAGGAGAAAUUCUCGUUCUUCACCAGAUAAAAAAACUGUUUCGCCUGGAUCACAAAGGAGAAGAAGUUCGGCAAGUUUGCAUAGUAAUACAACUGCUACAUUUGGGAAGAAAUGA